AUGCUCGGCCGUAUCUCCAAGUCCACCACCGUCGCUCUUCUCUUCCUUUUCCUCGCUGUCGUCCAUGCUGCCCCGUUGGCAACGGAAAAGCGCACCCUAAACACUUCCGUGCGCCUCGCCCGCGAUGGAGAGAACCUCUCCCAGCCGACCACUGUGACGACUACGAACACGAUCCAAACCGCGGUCGGCCCCAUGCUGCAGACGUGCACGAUCCUGCUCGAGCCGAUCACGGGAGACAAUGGAGACCCUGAAGUGCGCGAGACCAAGUCGUGCAGCUUGUCAAUGACGAGCAGCGGCAACAACGCGUCCGGCUCGUCUGGCACGGACUCGUCCAGCUCUUCUGGAUCAAGCGCUAGCUCGAGCGACAGUGCCUCGGCCACGGACAGCGCCUCCAGUGCUGAUUCCGCCUCCGCGACCGCGACUGCGACGGACGCCUCUGCGUCAGCGACCGCUACAGAUAGUGCGUCGUCCGCCGCUGCGGCGUCCACUGGGGCCAUUGGUGUGAAUGGAUCGUCCGAAAUCCCGGGCUCAGCUCUUUCCACGGGCGCGACUGACUCCGCUGCGGCUACUGCCACCGCUACGUCUGCUGCAGCCUCGGCGACCGGUACCGCGGCUGCUGGGGGAGGAGCUGUCUCCGCAGGGGGUUUCUCCACGGUCGCCGCGACCGCGGUCUCGUCGGGUAGCGCAGCGGCUGCAAGCGCGACGGCCACCGCUACGGGCACCGCCGUCGGUGACGCCUCGAACAACCCGACCUCGGCCUCCUCCGCUGCUGACACUGCGUCGUCGAGCCCGGCCGCGUCGUUCCAGCUCCCGGGUACGAAGCUCUCGGUUCUCCCGAUUGGUUUGGGUGUGUUCGCGGGUAUUUCGGUUAUUGCCCUUAUCGUUGUUGGUCUCGUCACCUAUGAGCGUACGAAGUACCGCAAGGCUUUCAGACAGCGCAAGCUCGCAGAGUCAGGGGCAGCUAUGGGGUAUGGUGGAAUGGCGUAG